AACAGCACGUCUCCGAGCGGGCGCUCUCUCCUGAGCAACUCGGGCUGGUUGGGGUGUGCGGCCCCGCGGAGCUCAGCCCUCUUUCGGGAGGCGUGGUUCUGGCUGCUGUUUCGCUCCCACUGGACUGAUUUUUUUCCUGUUGCAUUCCGACACACAACUUCGCAGCAGUCAGCUUGUUGACUUUUCAGAUUUGCCGAAGAGCGAGGUUCUUUUAGCGGGACUGCUGAAAACGGGCUUUUACUAAACAAGACAGCGAUAACUAGCUGAAGAAGAAAAAAAGCUUGUCACCAUGCCCGCGAUUGACCUGGACACUUACAGCCUGUCGUUAAUAACAGCUAAAGAAGACAUACAGAACCCCAGGUCCUCUACCAACUGGGCUUUAUUCUCUUACGAAGGAUUUACCAAUAAGGUCAAGCUCACUGACUCUGGAGCGGGUGGUGUAGCAGAGCUUGCAGAGAAGUUCCAGAGCAGCCGGGCCCAGUAUGGACUGUGCGGAGUGGACACUCCAGGACAUGGUCAGCCCAUGCUUGUCAUGAUUAACUGGAUUGGAGACAGUGUGGAUGAGAACAGAAGGGUGGAAUUUGCCAGUCAUGUUCCAGCUAUCAAGACGUUUUUCAAAGAAGCUCAUGUCUUCGUCAGUGCAAGAAGCCCUACUCAGGUAACACCAGAUGCAAUCCAAGAUGUCAUCAGCAAGAUUGUUCCCCCUUCUGAACGACUGAAAAGACAGGGUCGUGUGAGAGAGUCUGAGGAAAUAGUGGGCACCAAUUACAGAAAAACAAAUGCAGCCAUGGAGAUGCGUAGGAUUAACAGAGACUCUUUCUGGGCCAGAGCUGAACGUGAGGAAGAGAAGCGCAAAGAAGAAGACCGCCGGCGUAAUCUGGAGGAACAUAAGCGCUGGGAACGGGAGAGAAUGUUGCAGGAAAAACGUGAGGCAGAUGAGAGGGAGAGAAAACUAAGCGAGAAAGAAAAGGCCCUAGAGGAACAGAGGAGAAUUCAGACUAAACUGGAGGCUGAGGAACGGAGAAGGGAAAAGGCCAAAUGGGAGCAGCAGCAGCGAGAACAUGAAGAAGAAAUGAGAAACAGGUAUCGUCGGAGUGAAUCCAUUGAAAAGGCAGCGGAAGCUGCAGCUCUGGUGUCACAGAGAACCAUGAAUCCACGUGAAUUUUUCAGACAGCUCUCCUCCUCCUCCUCCUCCUCUACUUUUUGUACCUCUCCCAGAAGUCCUGGAACACCUACUUCAGGAAAAAGCCCCUUUCGACGUUACCAGAGGAGUCUUACUGACACAGCUUUUAUUUUUGGCAAGCCAGAGAGCCCUAUCUCUCCAAGGAGUCCCAAACCAACAUCACCUGUCUUUCAUCCCAGCAGCCCCUUUAGAAAAGCUUCCUUAACAGAUACUAACUUUAAAGAAGCAACUAUAUCACUCAGCAGGCCGACCAGGGCUGAGACCAGCUGUUAUGAAGGUAUCUCACAACCUCAGAAUGAAGUCCAAGCACAAGAGAAUAGUCUUGCACAACCCAGUAUUCCAGCCCCUCUUCACCUGGUCUCGGGGGCUUUCAGUGCCAGCCUAGUAAUGUCAAACCCUGACAUGCCACUUACGCCUCCCCCCACAAUAACAUCUAAGAGUACGAGCCUUCACCUCACAAAUCCUGCCUCUUCUUCUUCCUCUGUUGUAGCCACUGCCAGCCUUGAACCCACACCUCCUGCUACGCCUCCCCCUACCCAGUCAGUUAGCUGUAGUUUUGCUCAUGCCACACUGUCUUCUGCUAACACAGCUAGUGCCAACCUUGUCCAGAUACCUCCUGACACAAUUGUUUCCUCCAACACAGUCAGUGCAAACCUCAUUCUCACAGAGCCUUCCUCUCUUACUGCUUCUCCCCCUGCCUCUUCUAUAGUUAGCAGCCAUGUUGACCAGACACCUGUCGUAUCAUCUUCCAGUACCGUACUGAAACAAGAUAGUACACCAUUCAAAUGUGAGCUCAUUGACCAUAAUCAACUGUCUGUCUUUGAUACUGGCACCAGUGUUACAAAUGUGAAAUCAUAUGAUACAACUCACACCUCAGUGCAAAACAAUGAAUUUAUGAAAUAUGAAAGUGAAUAUGCUCAGCAGGAAAAGUUUCAGGAAGCAGGCAUGUCUUCUGGGGAGCACUGUCUUGUACAAUGGGAAGAGAAACACAGUGAUGUUAAAUGUAGAUCAGAAAAAGAUAACACUGAACUUUGGACAGAGGAGAAACAAGAUGUGGAGCAAAACGACACAGCUCAACCAGCAGAUAAAGAAAAUGUCAGUCUGUUGAUGGAGAAGCUCGAGAUGGUAAAUGAGAAGAGGUUGGAAAGCAAAGAGGCAGAAGACAAGAAGGAAUACUUGCAUCAGAAUACAGAGAGUUCAGUUCUUGUGCCUUUGCUGGACACCAUUUUGUCUCAGGAGAAUUGUCCCAGUUUUGAAAAACAGAUUGAAGCUGUGGAAGAGUUACAAACACAAAUUGAAUCUGUGGCUCCCAUACAGAGGCAGGUGGAGGAAGUGCAUGAAAGGAGUUCUGGCAAUGAAGAAAACAGAGAUGAGGAGAGCAUUCUUACAGAAAUAAAAAAUGUGAUUUUCGUGCAGCAGCAAUUUCCAACCACAGAUAUGAAACUUAUUCAAGAAUAUGAAGAGGAGAGAGAAGAAGAAGAUUUACUGCCAGAAUCUCACCAUGGAAUUAUAAUGCAGCAGCAGCUUCACACAGGAUAUGAAUGUUUUUCUGGUGACAAAGAAGAGUGUGAUGGAAAAGAUGUUUUACAGAUAGAAGCCAGCAACAUAUUUGUGCAGCAACAGUUUAAGACGAUUGAUGAAAGAGAAUCUGAAAAUGAAGAUGAAAGUGAUGGCGAAGAUGCUUCACUGCCAGAAGUGCACAGUGUAAUUCUUGUUCAACAACAGCUUAAGACACCUGAUGAAAGAGGGUCUUUGGAUUCAGAAGAAAUUGACGAUGAAGAUGCUUCACAGUCAGAAGUGCACAAUUUGGUAAUUGUGCAGCAGCAAUUAAUGAUGACAGAUGAAAUUAGAUCUGAAAGCAAAAACAAAGAUGCAGAGGGCAAACUACAAAAUAUAGAUCUUGUGCAGCAACAAUUUACGACACUGGAAGAGGAACUUUCCAGGAAUGAAGAGGAAAUUUUAAGUGAGGACAUUGUUGAGGAAACAGGAAAGAAAUGCUUUGUACAAAAUUGGGAGAACAGGGUAGCAGAAACAGUCAACGAGAUGAAGACCCCCAACAAAGAAAAUAUCCAAAUAGAGGAAAGCUGUCAUCAGCAUAAUGGCACACCAGCUCUUGUUAAUAAGGUGAAGGAGAAUUAUAACCUCCAGAGUUCAACUGAACCUUGCCGGACACAACAUGACCUGCAAUCCACCACUUCACCUACCUGUAUCCAUGGACAUAGCCCCAAUGAUUCUGAUGAGGAUGAGGAAGCCAGUGGAGAGGAGCUCUCUGAAGAACAUGAAACAAUGUUGUGUGUGCGGGCAAUUCACAGUUAUCAAGCAGAUGACGACUCCAAGCUAUCGUUGAAGCCAGGAGAUGUUAUCCGUGCUGUGGAAAUCGUGGACCAGACCUGGUGCUGGGGAUACACUGAAGAUGGUCGCCAGGGACUCUUUCCUGCCACUUUUGUAGAAAAGCUUUAAAAAAUAGAUGUGGGAAUGUCCCAAUGUUCAGAGGGAGUGCCUGCUUGCCAUCUAAUUCCAUGACAGAACAUGAUGUUGGUGUUAAUGCAGCUAUGUCUUCAUUUGUGGGCUCACUGACCAUUAACUCUUAAACUAGAGUGUACUCUAGAUGCUUUUAUCCUAAUAGCGGCCUUGGUAGCUGUCACGAAAGAUAGAUUUAGAUAAUAACAUGCAAGUCUGGCACUUGCCGGAGCCCCGGUAGCUUUUUACUCCCAGUAUAAAGCCACAGUAGCUGUUGCUAUUGUAUUUUAUUAUGCUAUAAACAUUACUGUGUAUUUUUCUGUAUAGCAAUACAAGUAAAUAGGAGGAGACCAGUUACAUCCAGUUAAUGCUUCCACCCUUACUCUCUUCCACUGUGCAAUAAGGCACCCCUCUUAGCUGCCUCACCCUGAGAGUCAGUGGUAUUACUAUCAUCAAUUAGUCAUCCGUAGCUUAAACCUGGGGCUUGACAAACAGAACUUAAUGCAACUACAACAUAUUAUUCAAUUUUGCAGUAGACCAAAAUGAACCCUGCAGCUACGCAGAUCCAUAUGGACUUCUCCAAAGCCAAGCCACUGCCAUCUUUCAUGCAGAAUUUUUCAGAUGAUGUGGAAUACUAUAUUUAUGACUGGGCAAUUCUUUCACAGCCUUCUAUUUGUUUCAUAUUCCUGAGUCUGCCACCAUUCAGAAAAGAUAUGCUGCACGCUGCAUUGCCUGAAAUUGGGAAUUCAUAGAUACAUAGAAUACUUGUGCUAAAUCUCUACAAUAUGCUUAAAGCAUAUGAUGAGAAAUCUUAACAGAUCAAAUAAGAACAAAUUAAUAUACAUUCUUAAUAUGCUCUUUUACUUAUACUGUUUCAGUUCUUUUUCAACGAACUACAAACACCUAAAAAAUAACAUUACUUUCACUGUUGUAGAAAAUUUUUAAUGUGGUAUUUCUUUCAAUAAACCUUUCACAUUUUUAUUUUCUGGAGAUCUGUGACCUUGAUGGAAAUGAACCUGUCCAGAGUGAUGAGUUAAAACAAACCACACAUUACGACAGAUUUAUGAAUGUACAUCAUCAAAACAAAACCUAACUGCCUAAUUAAAAAUACAUUCAUGCAGUGUUGGGAAUUGGCCUUUCAUUUAAGGCUUUGCUUUCAAUGAAAAUUAGCGGUCUGCAGGGGUUAGAAUCAUGAUUGUCCUGAUAUUUUUUUUGAUCUUGUCAUUGUUUACUUGCAUAUGUGUUGGUGUGGUGGCAUAGUAGUUGGAGUUUACGGCUCAUAGCUCAUCACUGUAGUAAUAUUGUCACCUUGGUCACAUGAAUGUUCUGCAGGUUCAUUGGCUUUGAUGAUGCUAAAUUGUUCCAAUAUGAUGGACUGGUCUACUGUCCUGGAGUGGUACCUGCCUUGCUGCUAGCAUAGGCUUCCGCUGACUACAUUCCUGAGUUAAAAUAAGUGGGUUCAGAAGAUGAAUGAAACUAAAGUUGUUAAGGAAUUGGACAACAAAGUAAGUAAAAUGUGAGGUGUUAAUCUUUCAUUCAUACACAAAUAAUGUUAAGAAUUUAUGUUUUUUGUGGACCUUAAUGUUUUCAGUAGGGAGUAUGUUUUCCAGGGCUUUAGUAUAGCCAGACUUUUAAUAUGUGCUAGGUUUCACCAAGAUCUUAUAAAUUACGGAGCUAAUGUGCUAGCUUUCAAAGGAAUUGGAACAGGAAAGAAGACUUUUAUGACUGAUAUAAGUGCUAGGAUGCUACAUUAGCUUUGAAGUGGCCUCGUUUCUGGAAUUUAAAGUAAGACUUCAGGAAGAUGAGGUCUGAAUGUUAUCCGACAGCAUUCUAUUUUGGGACUUGGGAUACAUGUCUGGUGGCCUUCUUUUAGAAAGUGGGUAGGUAUUCUAUGAUUGUAAAAAUUUCUGUAUUAUAAUUUUGGGUAUUGCUGUAUAUAAUGCACUAAGCUGCUUACAGACUACUUCGUAUAUAUUGACAUUACAACAUUGCUAAGAUUUAGACCAAGGGUAUCAAUCUUCUUGGGUAGCCACAGUACUGCAAGCUUCAUUCUAUCUGCAUUCUGAAUUAGUAAUUACUGCUGCUAAUGGAACAUUCUGUACUUCUUAUUAGUUGACUUGCUUUUUAAAAUGUAUAAGUUUAACUUUAAAUGUGUAAUUUUUCUUUAACCAGCAGUCAAACAAUAAUGAGAUGCAAAUGACCAGCAAACAUGGUUCCAUUUGCACAUUUGUGUUCAUUAUAUAAUAUCUAUUUCAAUAAAAUCUCUGAUAAUAAAAAUGUGAAUGUUGGAAAAAUAUCCAUCCAUUCUAGGUCACAAGGCAUAUUUAUAGUGCUCCCAGAAAAAAUAAAACCAAUAGUUUAUAAAAUUCAGAUGUAGCAGAGUGAGAGCAAUAGCAAAAAGCAGAUUGAAAUAAUGUAUUUCAUUGAGAGCAAGAAUCAACCCCUAAUUAAGAAACAGGUUGAAGAGUUGAAAGCCCCCAGUUGGCUGAAUAUCUGCUGGCUCUCACUUGCAUUCCAUGAUGUUCUGUCUGCUGAUUAGAAAAAAAAGACUUACUUAAAUGGUAAACAUUUUAAAAUGCCAGUUAACUAAAAUAAAGGUAAAAUACUUAUACUCAAUGAGCAGCAGUAAUUCUUUACUAAUGAAGAAGUGUCUGUAACUAAAACCUGCAUUGGCGGGGCCCACUAGAAUCAGAACUUGACACCCCUGAUUUGGAUGAUGUUACAGGUUAUACAGGCUGCAAAAAACACAUAGAGAAUGGGAUGCUGGUUUUAUUACUAAACAUACCUAAUGUACCUACAUAAUUUUUUUUCUGUUCCAUAAGAAUACAGAUUCUUCACUAAGACAUAUUUGCUUAAUUACAGAGUAAAAUGUCAUAGGAAACAUGACUAAACAUUAAUUAAAAUGAUUGCUCAAAAUUGUCAGGUAAGCCUAGAAUUUCAAUAACUAAUCUUUUUAUGUCAGCUGAUAGAUUAACAUGUAUACUUGCUUAUACCUGUGGUGGGCUGGCACCCUGCCCGGGGAUUUGUUCCUGCCUUGUGCUCUGUGCUGGCUGGGAUUGGCUCCAGCAGACCCCCGUGACCCAGUGUUAGGAUACAGUGGGUUGGACAAUUGCUGACUGACACACUUUGAUUCAACUUUGCCUUCAAAUAUGUAUAGGACAAUUUCAGAACCUUACCACACAAUUGACUGACAUCACAAAAAUGGUGUCAGAGUGUGGUGUCUCCUUCAAAUUUUUAAAAAUAAAGUGAGUGGGACUUCAUGAUAAAUUUAUAAAGUUUGCUACACUUCAUCUUUAGCAUUUUAUCAAAAAGUGCAUGUUUAAUUUCUACUGAAGCUUUGUACCUUCUGCAUAUUGAGCUACACUGUUCUCAUUGGUGCCAUUUGUAAUUGCUGCUGUGAUUACAGUGAGCCAAAUAUUUAAAUAUUUAUUAAAUGUGUGAAGGGCAAAAAACUGCCAGGACCAUGUCCUCAAUUGAAUUAAUGGUUUUUUGUCCAUAAACAACAUUACUGUGUGCCUAAAUGAAAGCUAGGUUUACAGUCAUGGUAACAAAAAACAUUGAACUAAAAAAGGUUGAGAUCUCAAGAGGUAAAGUCCUGGUUAAUGCAUGGAAUAUAAAUUGAAAUUUGUAAAGAAACUGCCACUACAGUGUAUGUGAGAAUUGGGGUUUCUUUUUCAGACUGUCAUAAUAGAUGCCCCACAACUGUGUAAAUGAUCUUCUUAAAGAAUUGAUGGGAGGACAUGGCUGUUGGUGAAGGCAGGGAGAGCCAGCUCAAGAUCACUUUUCCUUUUUUCGGGUCAGCAACUUCAGUUGUAGAAGGGAGGUGGUGACACAUGUCUUUUGAAACCCUUAGCUUGACAAGACAAGGAGAUAUAUAAUAUAUAUAUAUAUAUUUGGAUCUCAGUAAUUUUAUUUGGCUACAAAAACAAAUGUCACUACAGUUCCUUAUGUAAUACAAGUCCAUCAAAAUGACACCUUUUAUUGGCUAACUAAAAAGAUUACAAUAUGCAAGCUUUCGAGGCCACUUAGGCCCCUUCUUCAGGCAAGAUGUAAUGAAUUUUUUUUAGUUAGCCAAUAAAAGGUGUCAUUUUGCUUGACUUCUCACUACAUUCAUAAUGGCCAAUACGGUACAACACCUUAGCAAUAAGGAACUGUAAAAUGUUUUUCUAAAAAAUGAACACAUUAUGUAUUUACAUUGCAGAUGACAUCAAUGCAUGCUUUUGCCUCCAUUUCCGAACAGUCAUUGUUUGAUAGCUGUACUACUCUGUUUACUAAUAAAUUUGUAUGAUACCAAACAACUCUUCCCAUGCCAUCUUUCAUAUGUGUUAUAGUUAUCAGUAUUUCACAAUCAGAGUAAUACAAAUAAUCUAAAACCUGCAUACCCAACUGCAUACCAGUCAGUGUUAUACUAUUAUUUAAAAUGAGAAUCCUAAAGAAAAAAGCAAAUGUCUCUAAAACAUGAAUGACAUCACGGUAACAUUUUCUUGUUCUGCUUGUUUUAAGCUUAUGUUUCUAUAAACAAUGGAGCUAUCUGUUUCAUUAGGUGAUUUUCCAUGUGUGGGACCAAUACUGUAUCACAAUUUCAGAGAGUACAUCUCCUAAAUUGGUAUAGUUUUGUAUAUGGGUUUGUAUCCUGCAUGACUGUGGACUAGAUUUGUUCCCUUCAGACUUUCAGCAUCUGUAAAACAUUUUCGUGAUUAUAGCAGUGGGUACUUUUUGGUACUGUAACUUUAUCCCAUUGCAGAAACUCCACAUUUGAAGACUCAGGUUACAUGAAAUGGUUUGCUGAAAUGUUUCUGUAGUGCCAAACCUUCACAAAUCAGUCACUUGUUCACAAAAUAAUGUCUUUCUUUCUGGAUGAUUGUAUGUGGUAUUAAAAUAUCUUGUUUUUAAACUA